GGUGAGGUGUUGGCAGUAGAAAGGAGUUUGGGUGCGGGGGGGCGGGGGAACGCGGAGAGAUGGCCCGUGCCGGCUGCAGGGCCGGAUGAGAAGCGGUCGCGCCGCAGGUGUAGGAGAGAGGAGGGCGCCUGGGCGCCACGAGAGUAUGACGGGGCUGUACGAGCUGGUGUGGCGGGUGCUGCACGCUCUGCUCUGCCUGCACCGCACGCUCACCUCCUGGCUCCGUGUUCGGUUCGGCACCUGGAACUGGAUCUGGCGGCGCUGCUGUCGGGCCGCCUCCGCCGCGGUCCUAGCGCCGCUCGGCUUCACGCUCCCCAAGCUCCUGGCUGUCGGCAGGAACGGCAGGAACCGCCGUCACCACCGGCAUCCGCGCGGGGGGCCGACCCCGGCCGCCGCCCACCCGCGUCUACGCUGGCGCGCGGACGGCCGUUCCCUGGAGAAGCUGCCUGUGCACAUGGGCCUGGUAAUCACCGAGGAGGAGCAGGAGCCCAGCUUCUCGGACAUCGCAAGCCUCGUGGUGUGGUGUAUGGCCGUGGGCAUUUCUUACAUUAGCGUCUACGACCACCAAGGUAUUUUCAAAAGAAAUAAUUCCAGAUUGAUGGAUGAAAUUUUAAAACAACAGCAGGAACUCCUGGGCUUAGAUUGUUCCAAAUACUCACCAGAGUUUGCAAAUAGUAAUGACAAAGAUGAUCAAGUUUUAAAUUGCCAAUCAGCAGUGAAGGUGCUGUCCCCAGAAGAUGGAAAAGCAGAUAUUGUGAGAGCUGCUCAAGACUUCUGCCAGUUAGUAGCUCAGCAGCAAAAGAAAUGCACAGAUUUGGAUGUAGAUAUGUUAGACAGUUUACUUAAUUGUUUGUUGAUAAUAUAUGGAAAUACAGGUUCAAAUGGUUUCCCUGAUCCUGAUUUAGUAUUGAAGUUUGGUCCUGUGGACAGCACACUAGGCUUUCUUCCCUGGCACAUCAGGUUGACUGAGAUUGUCUCUUUGCCUUCCCACCUGAACAUCAGUUAUGAGGACUUUUUCUCUGCCCUUUGUCAAUAUGCAGCCUGUGAACAGCGUCUGGGAAAGUAGUGAUCCCUGGUUGUGUAAUUUGAUUUCAGGCUUUUGGAGAAAAGGACUCAAGUGACUCUGAUGUUUACAAAGCACCUAUGAAACCCUGUACACACCUAGUUCAUAAUCCUCAUAAUUUAUCAACAAACACAAAAAAGUGUCUUACUUGAGAGUAAGAGUACAUGUGAGUGAGCGUGAGUGUGUGUGUGAGUGUGUGUGUGUGUGUGUGUGCGCGCGCGUGCGUGUGCAUGCGUGUGUGGAAAUAAACUUAUAAAUGGGGGAAGUACUGGAGGAGGAAAUAUGUGGACUUGCACCUUUGAGCAAAUAGCAGCGAUGUUUUAGGAGCUGAAAUUUCAGAUUUACAGGCUUCAGCCCCAACUACUUCCCUUUUUUGUGGGGAGAGAAAGGGGUGAUUAAAGCUGUUUUGUUGUUGUUCGGGGGGGGGAAGGGAAUAACUUUUGUUCAGUCUUUCCAAGUGACCAAACUUUAAUUUUUAAGAAUAGUAUAUUGACGUAUUAAACGGAAGCAUUCUGAGUUUGAGGGAUCUCCAGAGGAAUGGAGUUCUGUGUUGUUCACAUGUUAAAAGUUUGCUCACCUUCGGAGCAGAGGGAAUACCUAUCUUCAGACAUCCGUCCAUUUUCAUCUCUUUGUUAUUGUCAAACAAUGUGACUUGAAAAUGUCGCUCUGUUGUCUGUGUUCUGGGUUGUGAAGAUCACUUGAAAAAGAACUCUUACAACAUUGAAAUGCAGAAUUUAAAAAAUUUUAAAUAUUGUAUGAGGCAGUCAUAAAAGGUGAAAAGGUUGUAAUCUUAAAAGUAAAGGUGAAACUUUCCUGAAUAAGGAAAGAAAGUUUUGAUCUCCUUUUCUGUUUUGUGGGCAGUGGGCUAGAUAGUACCCAAAGCUGGUUUAAAAAAUUUCCAUUAACUGUGUUUAUUUAAAUAAGCAUUUGAGGGAAAUUACCGAGGCAGCUCUUUUCCUCAAAAGUAACCUGUUCCUCUUUGGAAUAGCGCAUUUAGGACCAUGUUAGUACCCAGGAUUUUUACUUAAUAAAUCCUGACAGUGACUUUGCGUAAAAAUAUGAUCUUUAAGUAAGAUUGAGGCCUGUGUAGGUAAUAAAACAUUACCAAAGUCUACAAAAGUAAUUUAAUUUUGCAUGUUCUCUUUCAUGGCAGAGAACAGCACUGGUUCUGUUACUUUUUAAAUGAAGAAAUGAUUUUUUGAUAGGUGUUUAGUUUUUUUCCCUCACUGCUGAUACUCGGACAGAAACCAUUAUUCUUUAUAUUUGAUGGGCUGUUUUCAGAAGAAUCUUAUUAACAAGUGCACAAUAGUUAUCCAAAAUUGUAUGUUUAGAAUGGAGUAGUUUAAAAACUAGGUCUCAGAGUCUGAAAAAUAGCAAAGAAGACUGGAUAUGGAAAGCAAGAUCUGGAAUUGCUUGUCAAAUUCUGAGGCUACGAAGAAUAAAUGUUUUGACUUUGGAUUCCAAAACCCCAUUUAUGAUUUUAAAAAACACUUGAAAUAAAAUGAUUAUAAACUAAA